UUGUUCAUCUGACCAAUCACAUCAAGAGAAGUCCAGCAGCAGAGUCCGCAGAGAGGACUAUCCCCACUAGCAUACUCUGUUUGUAGCUACGUUAGCUCUGUCAUUAAGUUAGUUAACCAGCGUUCAUACAGCCUGCUGGACGCACAAAAGCAGAUAGGUCUGUCAUUUUACUACGAUAAAGACGAGUAGAGCAACAGGUGAACUAAAUAAUAUUUCGGGUGGAAGAUACAGGUGGAAAUGUGUAAUAAGCUGCAUUGGACACUUAGGACCUACCUGGCUUCCAGCCUAUCAACUGACAGCUGUCACCGCUCCUAGCUGCUUAGCUAGCUGGCUAGGUGAGCUAACGGCUAACAAGUGUUUUUUCGGGCUCAUUGCCUGGCUAAUUUAGCCAGUCAGUGCUGCUAUCUGUUCAGAGAGGAACGCGGUGACUUCCGCAUGAACGUAAUAUCUUAUUAUUUUCUCAAAAGUAUUUGACUCCGCCUGGUAUUCCAACCAUGAGUUAGCCAAGGAGUGUCGGACCGCAGUGUUUAGAAUAUUUUGAGGUCCAGCUAGUUAGCUAGUAUUUAGCUUGAAGCUACCAUACCGCAUUCAUUCAAUUAUUGAAAAACUGCUUAACCGUUUACACCAGCACCUCAACGAACAGAGACUGCUUAUCUCCAAACUCAAUUGUUAUUACGAUACAAAUACAUUUUGGACUUGAACGUGCUUUGGAUAACCUCGGAGGAAAAAUGAAGAAAUUUUUUGAUUCUCGUCGGGAGCUGGUGAGCUCUGGGCCUGGCUCCGGAGUCGGUGGAGGAGGCGCUGGUUCCGGCGGCGGUGGUACCUUCAUCGGACGGGUCUUCACCAUUGGACGAUAUCAAGUAACCGUCGAGGAAAUUGUCGCUGAAGGAGGUUUUGCCAUAGUUUUUUUGGUGCGGACUCAUCAAGCUGUACGUUGUGCACUAAAAAGGAUGUAUGUCAACAAUGAGCAUGAUCUGCAAGUCUGCCAACUCGAGAUACAGAUCAUGAGGGACCUAGUGGGCAACAAAAACAUAGUUGGUUUCCUGGACUCCAGCAUAACUGCAGUUGGAGCUGGCGAUGUGUGGGAAGUCCUAAUCUUAAUGGACUUCUGUAGAGGUGGGCAGGUGGUUAACCUAAUGAACCAGCGAUUACAGACGGGUUUCACUGAAGCCGAGGUGUUACAGAUCUUUUGUGACACGUGCGAGGCGGUUGCUCGUCUCCACCAGUGCAAUACCCCAAUCGUCCAUCGAGAUCUCAAGGUGGAAAAUAUUCUUCUGCACGACCGCGGACACUACGUGCUCUGUGAUUUUGGAAGUGCCACCAACCGCUUCCAAAACCCUCAGACAGAGGGGGUGCCAGUGGUGGACGAGGAAAUCAAAAAGUACACUACUCUGUCAUACCGCGCUCCAGAGAUGGUCAAUCUCUAUGGUGGAAUGAUUAUCACAACAAAGGCAGACAUUUGGGCCAUGGGUUGUCUACUCUAUAAGCUGUGCUACUUCACACUUCCUUUUGGUGAGAGCCAAGUGGCUAUCUGUGAUGGAAAUUUCACUAUCCCAGACAACUCUCGCUAUUCCCAGGACAUGCACUGUCUCAUCAGAUACAUGCUGGAACCUGACCCAGAUACGAGACCAGACGUCUACCAAAUAUCCUACAUUGCCUUUAAACUGGCACGACGAGAGUGUCCAGUCCCAAAUGUACAUAAUUCACCUAUUCCUGCAAAACUUCCCGAGCCUGUCAGAGCCAGUGACGCAGUGGCCAAAAAGAGUCAAUCCAAAGCCAGGCUCACAGACCCAACUCCUACCAUGGAAACCUCAAUUGCACCUCGCCAACGACCUAAGGCUGGCCAGGCUCAACCCCAGCCGAUAUCAGGCAUCCUUCCCAUCCAGCCAGCUCUCACCCCACGCAAGAGACCCAAUGUGGCUGCUGGAGGACCCCAGGCCAUAGGUGUUGGUAUCAAUGUCCCAACUCCAGCUGCAGCCGCUGUUCAAGCUGCUGCACCGCAGCCAGCUCAGACAGCCAACAUGCUGUCACAGCCUACACCACAGCAUCAGCAGCUCCUCAUGAAGCAACAGCAAGCCACACCAUUCUUAAGCCCACAGAGCAACCAGCAGCGUCAACUGAUACAGACCCUCCAGCAGCAACAACAAACAUCGUCUCAGGCGUUUACCCUGCUGCAGUCCAAAGAUAAGCCUGUUCCUCCAGUUAUUGCCCUUCAACUGCACCACCGGCAGCAUUUAGCUCCUGUCCAUGAAACGGCAGCUUCUCAUCUGACCCCCAUCCCUGAGUCUGCAGUCGCUGGUCCUGCAGCUGACCCAGAGAUGGCUGGCCGAGUGAUUCACAAAGUCGGCUCACUGACGCCCCCCUCGUCGCCAAAGAUGGCCCCUAAGAGCGGCCACAGACGCAUAUUGAGCGAUGUCACUCACAGUGCCGUGUUUGGGGUCCCAGUCAGCAAGUCCACCCUGCUACUCCAGGCAGCCGCAGCUGAGGCUAGCCUCAACAAGUCCAAAUCAGCCAGCACUACUCCUUCUGGCUCCCCCUGCUCGUCCCAGCAGAGUGUGUAUCAUCCAGGUGAUGGUGACGCCCAAUUGGCCCUUACUGCACCCAACAUUCAGCCCAGCUGGAACCCCUUUGGGGAUGAUAACUUCUCCAAGCUAACAGCAGAGGAGCUGCUUAACAAAGACUUUGCGAAGCUAGCUGAGACUGCUGCACCAGGAGAGAAGGUCACAGGCUCCAGUGAAAAUCUCAUUCCAGGGAUCAAUGCUUUUCCAGCUGAAAGAUCUGCAGACAUCAUGAGUGCAGGUUCAGCGUUGUUGACUGUCCCGGACCCUUUUAAUACCCUCUCCCUCUCUGACACCACAGAGAAGCUGAUUGAGGGACUAAAGUCUCCUGAAACUUCUCUGCUGCUCCCCGACCUCUUAACCCUGGUCAACCCCUUCAAUAGUUCUGCAGAGAACUCCGCAAAUGUGAAAUCAGAGGUGUGUGUGGAUUCACUGAUUCCUGGUUUGGAAGCCCCCCAGGCCCAGCGACACUCAGGCCAGCCGGAGCUCAACCCUGCCAGCAUGCCAGACUCUCUCACUGGGGAGGACUCUCUGCUGGGUUGCGAUCUGUUAUCUCUUACUUCUCCUCAUGGAAACCAGUCUGGUUCUGCUCUCCCAUCCUCCUCCUCCUGCUCCUCUGCUCCUCCUGGCUGCGGCUCUGGAUCCUGUCUGGAGGAGCUGCCGCCUGGCCAAACAGCUUCUGACUCUGCUUUCCUCAUGUCGUGUGGGGAGAAGGGCAAUGGCGACGAGUUUGACCCUAUUCCUGUGCUCAUCUCCAAAAACUCAAACCAAGAUGUUCAAGGGGAGAGUAAUGGCUACUCUGUGCUUGAUGAAGGACGGGAGACUGAACUUCAAGAAGGAGAUUCUCAAGCAAACGAGAGCUGUGUGCACUCCAGCGACGAAGAAGAUGAUGAUGAUGAUGAUUAUGAGGAGGAGGAGGAAGAAGAAGCCCAUAAAGAAGAGCAGCAGGAUGAGGGAGCCAUUGAGAGUCAUGCAGCAGCCCAUGACUGCAGUGGCUCCAGACCUCUGCUGCUUGACUCUGAGGACGAAGAAGAACCAGGACCUCAGUUAGCCCUCCACUCAUCGCCACACUCCAGCACAGUACCAACGCAACCAUCGACUACCUUCCACCAACCUACUCCAAGCACCUUCGCUCAGAAUCAUUCCCAGCAUGUACACGAGCCAGCACAAGGGGCAGAUGCUGCUGCUGCAGAUGUUUUCUUGAAAGCCCCCUUUCCAAUCGUGCAAGAAGAAUCAGCCGAUGUGUUUGCCAACGCUCCGUUUCCACGCGCGCACACUGCAGCUCCGCAGCCGUUCGAUGUGUUCUCUCAGGCUCCCUUCGGAAAAAGAAAGGAGGCUACAGUAGCUCAUCCCUCAUAUGCUGUGACCCCUGAUCAAGGUGUGUUGGGACAAGUUGUCCAACAACCAUUCCGCCCACAAGCUCUGGCCAAAUAUUCCCGACACUUUGAGGGACCUGUGCCCCAGCAGCCAGUAGCAGCUCAUCGAGUAGUGUCUAACGUGAGCAGGCAAGCCGCUGUGGCAUCGGUCCCUGUCGGACCUCUUCACUUGUGGACCUCUGAAGUGAGCGCCGUAGACCCUUUCGUCUCUGCACCCUUUCACCUCAAGGCCACGCAAGAAAAGCCCUGAGCGCACACUCAGAGGGCAGGGCAGUGGGUAUCUGCACUCAUCACUGAAUUAUGCAAACUAUACCAGGCAUACUGCAUGCUGUCACCAGCACUGCAGCUGGACUGCAGGCCUGCAUGGAUCUCAUUCUUAACUGGCUCCAAUUAGUGAUAGUGCAAGGUCAUCUUUACACUUGAAUGCUCCGUUAGAGUGAGAAAACUGACAUCGUCACCUGACUCCCAGUCACUUUUUAUUUUUCCUGUCGCAUCCUUUUAUCUCUUGAAUUGUCCUUAAUGCUUUCGGUACGUACAUCUACACAAAGAAAAUAUAGUGGUCAAGCAUUUGAUUGUUUUCUUGCCUACCUCAGUUGCUUUUUGUGUCGACGCUAAAAACACAACACAGCGAGGGAGUUUCGUAAAUUGUCUGCAUCUUGGGCAGUUUAAUUUCCUGUAUAUUUGAGCUUUACUGUGAAACUAUGAUCUUAUAACACCUCAUUCCUCCAGUGUAUUAGUUCUCAGAGGUGUGUGUGAUGUAGCUUGAAUCUAAAGAUCAUAACUUCACAGAAGCUUGAAAGAGGAAAAGACACUGAUGGAAUUUAUCUGUCAUUAUAUCAAACAAGAAAUGGGUUAACAACCUGACAAUUAUGCCCUCAAGUCAAUAGUUUUGGGCCCUUUGGUCUUUAUGUUUGACAGUUUAUGAGGCAGGUUCUGGAUAAUGAUGCAUAGACAUUUCAAGGAUAACAUGUGUUGAUAUGAAAUGUAACUUUUGUUUAAUUCCAAAAUGUUGUCAUUAUGUUUGUGGUCAUUGUCCUGUCUAAUGAAAAUGGAAUAUCAGUGUGUAUUCCAUGUAAGUUAACGUGUUUAAAUGUUAGGCUAUGAAAAUACACAAUAGUAGUUUCUAUGUUAGAUAAUUGUAGAAGAAUCACUUUUCUUUGUUUCUACUUACUUUACCGGGUGAUAUCUCUGAAGCCUUACACUCUUACAGUACGUCCUUCCGACCACAUCAAACGGCAUAAAUCACUUUAGCCUUUUGUACCCUCCUUUAAAAAAAACUGCUGCAUUUACAUCAUUUUAUUGCACUUGCAUUCAGCACCAAAUACUCUGUGUACAAUCAUGUACAACUUUCUUUUGCUGUCUGCGGUAUGCUAAUUCACCAAGAUUGUCAUUCAACUCUGCAAUGCAUCUUUAUCAUAGGCCUCUAUAACUCCAACUGUGUACUAACCGUGACUCACUUAUCAACAACUAAAGUGAAAACUUUAACUAGAAAAAUUAAUAAAAAUGCUUUCCUGCAGUCACACACAUAUCUACGGCACUUAUGCUUCGCAGUUCCAGUCAGGGAUUGUAAUGGUAGUAUCUUUUAAGGGAGAUCUUGAAUGGUGACUGAUUGAUGACAUUCCUUUUGAAUUUAUUUCCAUUGCCAUUUGGGAAUAUUUUAUUGUCUUUGUGCUCUGUAAAAUCAUGGAACACUUUUUUGGUUCCCACCAUGGCACUUUUAAGAAAGGGGAUCCAACCUGUUUCAGCCCAAAGUUAAUUUCAUGUAUUCCUUCUGUUGCAAUGUAAAGAUCUUGUUUUCUUUUCUUUUUGACGUGUAUAAUCUUUUUUUUUUUUUAUAUAUAUAUAUAAAUGCUCACUUUUCUCACCCAACUUGUAUACAUGAAGGUUGCACAUAGUAUCUGACACAGUCAGGGUUCUCUAAGAAUGUGUUUUGAUUGUAACACAGCUGUAAAAUGUAUUUCAAUCAGUGUUGUAUAGGAACAACUGAUACUGUUGGACAAAAAAAGCACUCGAAAUACUUGUUAUGCUGCACAGCCUGCCUUUGAAAACUAUGUUGUAAGUCAUAAAAAAAAAACUAUUAAAUGAAUGUAAAUCCAG